AUGUAUCAUGAAAAAAAAUGAGAGGGCUUUCCAAUAUGGCCUAGUCAAACGGGCUGGUGCAAGGUGUAUCGCUUACGCCCCCUCCUUGCAGACAACCGGGACAAGUCGGGUCUCGCCCUCGACGGUGACCUCAAAAAUGAGGACACCAAUCUUGCCUCCUCCACCAUUGUUCCUCCUAACUCCUCUCGGGAGGCUGUGGGUAUAGUCGUGCAAUACAAGGUGAAAAUACGUCUCAUUCUCGGAUUCGGUCUCAGUGACGUUUGCUUGGAACUGCCCUUUAUUCUCACCCAUCCAAAUCCCGAACCGAAUCCUGCACUCCUAGAAAGUGAAUCUGGAAUUCCCACGGAUAGCAUUCUUGACGAUUUCCACUUCACAGAAGCUGGUCGACCUGGGGACGAAAGUAGUGGGGGUGAAGGGGGUGGAGGCUCCUUCUCAGUUCCUCCAACACCAGCUUCACUCUCCCUUCAACCUUCAUAUAAUGGUGGGCCAUCUGCUAGCGCAAUUGUUCCUAUUUCAGCGACAUCGACCGCUAUUGUGUCGACAGCAGCCGCUUCUAAACCCCAAAUGGGUUUGCUUGCAAAGCGAGCUGCUGCCACCAAUGUCAAUGGGAGUGGCAGUGGAUUGAAUGGAGAGCGGAAAUCACCACCACAUAUCGCGGAGUUUUUAAGGGCUUCGGAGAUGCCGGAUGGAAUGGCAGCGUUUGCGUCGCCAUUGCCUCAAUCUCAGCAAACGUCUGGAAUUGUGAAUGGAAGUGGCACAAUGACUACGUCUAACGAAGCGGUGGACGCAUUGGAUAGCUUUUUGUGGGGAUUUGUAGAACCUCAACAGGGAGCGGCCAGUAGCAAUGGACUUGCAAACGGUCGUUGUGUUCAAGGUUCGCUCUCAGCUUCCGCCUCUCCAGCUCUAAUGUCUUCCUCAGUGGCAGCCGAUCCAGUCCAUCAAUCUUUAGCAUCCAAUGCCCUCGUACCCCGAAAUUCAACUUCUGUCUCCAUGGUGUCUCCUCAGACUUCUCAAAUCCUCGAUACAGAUGACCUAAUCUUUGAAGAUUUCGCUCGUCUACGCUUAAUGGAACAGCAACAAAAACAGCAACACCAGCAAUCAACAUCUCACUGA